UUGAGCUUCAUGGUACGUAAUUCAUCUGUUUAAGUGUUGUUUACAGUUUUGGGAAUUGGAAAUGGAGCAGGCUUUGGCUACUGAUUCAGCAGCAGUGCAGUUUGCCCGUAGUAUGCACAGAAGUAAGGCUGCAUUGGGUAGUAAAAUAACAAUGACAUUUUGUGCUGAUAAAAUAAGGGUGAUGCGUUGCUUGAAUUGACAUGUUUUCUGUUGUAGUACUGAAGGCUUCAAAAAUAACUUCGAAAGGAGAAAGACAUUGUUUCAUGUCUUCAUACUGUAAUACUUUUUCAUCAUGUUCACCAGUAGCUCCUUUUUAUGUUCUGAGAAAUAAGCAUGUUAAUGCAUCUAAAAGCUUAUUUUUGAUGUUGAAAAGUUUGUCACACUGCUUAAAGAACUUACUUGCCCCUUUAGAUAUUUAACAUGCAGAAGGGUUAAAGAACUGUGUAAGAACUGUAUUUUCUUUGAAAGUUUUAUUCUACAUCAUUAUUGCGAGAAACUAAUGAUGUGCUUCUAUGGCAGCCAAGGCCGUUUCUUACCUGCAUGUCAGCAGUAUCUGUAUGCCGACCCACUUUCUUGUGCUGAUUCUGGCUCUCCUGGGUGCAUUUGCUGUGAGCUGCUUCCUGUUGAAAGUUGCCAGAGGAUUUGCACAGCCAAGUGAAUGCUUUCUUUGAGCUUCGGUCACUGAAACAGGUCCAGAAAGAGGGAACAGUAGAUGCUAACAGUCUGCAAAUGCGGAAGCCCAGUGUGGAAGUAUCUCAGAGGAUAAUACCCAUUCGUCAACAACCUGCCAAGGAUAUGUUUUACCAGAAGGAAAAAUCAUGCCAAAUACAGUCUUUGUUGGUGGAAUUGAUAUAAGGAUGAAUGAAGCAGAAAUUCGGAGUUACUUUGAACAAUAUGGUACUGUGAAGGAGGUGAAAAUAAUCACUGACAGAACUGGUGUUUCCAAAGGGUAUGGAUUUGUUUCAUUCCUGGACAAUGUGGAUGUUCAAAAGAUAGUAGAAUCACAGAUCAGUGUCCAUGGAAAAAGGCUGAAACUGGGACCAGCAAUUAGAAAACAACAAAACUUGUGUUCUUACAUGCAGCCUAGACCAUUGGCUUUCAAUCCUCCUGCACCGCAAUUCCAUAGCGUAUGGACUAAUCAAAAUACAGAGACCUACGUGCAGCCUCAAGCUGUGGUGAGCCCACUAACUCAGUAUGUCCAGACGUAUGCGUACAGUUCACCAGCUGUAUUGAUACAGCAGCAAGUUCCUGUAGGAUAUCAGCCAGCAUACAACUAUCAGGCUCCACCACAGUGGGUUCCUGGGGAGCAAAGAAACUACGUUAUGCCUCCGGUUUAUACUUCAGUAAACUAUCACUACAGUGAGGAUCCAGAAUUUAUACAAACAGAAUGUGCUGUCCCAGAGCCCACACAGAUGUCUGGUAAUAGUCCACAAAAAAAGUCUGUGGACAGGAGCAUACAAACAGUAGUAUCUUGUCUGUUUAACCCUGAAAACCGUCUGAGGAACACCUUUGUAUCACAAGAAGACUACUUCAGGGAGAGGAGGGCACAUCACUUCAGAAAAGGAAGAGCAGUGCUCAAAAGUGUUUGAUGAACAAAGACUUUGAAGUACAUAAAUGUAUUACUUUGAUGUUCCUACAGUUCAGUUUAGUAAGAUGUGUAGUAAAAAAGUGUAACCUUGUUCAAAAAGUUGCUUCAAGUUGAUGUUUGUGUUCUGUUUUACCUGUUCCAGAAUAGCUAUUUUUGCUUGAGAAGUUUGAAGUUGUAAGAGUUGAAAUAUUUCCAGGUUUUAUUACUAGCUUGCAUGCUUUUCCUGCUAACUAACUGAAAUGCUAAUCUUAAGGAAUUUAUAUGGGGAAGGGGAAAAAAGAAAAACACUUUGUUUGGUAUGUGUGGAUUUUCUUCUGAGCUUUAAGGUACAGUUUGUUGCAUGUUAAAAUUUAGUUCUUAUUAAACCACAACUUUAAGUUACUAACGUCAACCAGUUACCUCUUGCAGUUCAAAAGUUGAAGCAGUUCCUUGUCCAAGAUGGAGUAUUUUAAAACUGAGCUCUUAAUCAGUGGAACAGAAGACGUCACGGUGUAACUCAACUGAAGCCCUUUAAGUCCCGGUUCUCUUUAGACUACCUAAUCAAUGUCUUUGUUUGCUAACGACAGUUUAUCUAUGUGAAUCCUAAAAUUCCUAUAUGUAACUUAAGAUGCAAGAAUGUAAUUAGUUACAUUGGCUACUCAGUGGAGUAUGAUUAUUUUUUUUUUUUACUGGAUUAAUUUUAGCAAUACCUGUAUCUUAAAAUUGUGAGAAAAUACUGCAUUUAAAAUAUGCCUAACUUUGUGAUGCAAUAUGUUAAUCAAAGAAUACAUGUAAGCAUAUUUUAAUAAUAAUUAUGUAGAUUUUAGUCAUGUAUUUUGAAACAAUUAAAAUUUUUAAUUUUGACUUA